AUGUCGAAGAGCCGAAUGCCCCUUUACCUUGGCCUCGCCGCUGCCGGCGCAGGUGGUUACUACAUGUACCGCGCAGGCGGCGAUGUCGACGGUGCCAAGAAGGCAAUGAAGAUUGACGCCGAGAAGGCUCGCGAGAAGUUGCCCUCCCCGAACGAUGCCGAGAAGGCCGGUGCCAACUACGGAAAAGAAGCUGGUGCGGCUGUCGAUGAAGCUAUCAACAAUGCCCGCUCCAAGUUCAAGCCUGACGAGAAGAUCCCCGAGCUGGCGGAGGAUGGAAAGAAGAAGUUCAGCGACCUUAGCGAGGAGGCGCGGAAGAAGUUCAACGAUGGCGUCGAUAAGAUGGAUCGCACUGUUGAGCAGAAGGCUGCUGAGGCCAAGGGAACUGCGUCUGGCUGGUUCUCGAGCAAGAAAUAA